AGAAGAAAAAAAAAAAGAACUAUAAGCAAAAGUGAAUGGAAACAGACACAGAGAGAUCUUCUUCUUCUUCUUCUAAAACAAUGAAGAAACAACAAGGUGGUUGUGAGAUUGAGGCAAUAUGCAUCAACUACAACAUCAAAACACAAACCAACGAAAACCCUUUUAAGAUCUUCACCAAAAAACCAGUUGAAGCCGAGCCAACAAAAGUCGCCACCAUUAAAGGGUUCAGACAAGUCCUUAAGGAAGUAAACUGCAAGGCAAAGCCAUGGGAAAUCUUCGCCAUCGUGGGCCCGAGCGGGGCGGGGAAGUCUUCGCUGCUCGAAAUCCUGGCAGGGAAGAUCUCCCCGCAGAGCGGCUCGGUACUAGUUAAUGGCAAAUCAAUGGACAAAGCUCGGUUCAAAAGGACUUCCGGGUACGUAACCCAGAAGGACAUGCUAUUUCCUUUACUUACGGUUGAAGAAACCCUAAUGUUUAGUGCAAAACUAAGGCUAGGGCUUCCCCAACCUCACUUGGCAUCCAAGGUCAAGUCAUUGCUCCAGGAGCUAGGGUUGAGCCACGUCGCCGGGGCUCGAGUAGGGGACGACAGGGUUCGGGGGAUCUCCGGCGGAGAGAGGCGACGGGUUUCGAUAGGAGUGGACGUGAUUCAUGACCCCAAAGUGCUUAUCCUUGAUGAACCAACGUCAGGCCUUGAUAGCACUUCAGCAUUGCAGAUAGUGGACAUGUUGAAGACAAUGGCGGAAACUAGAGGAAGGACGAUAGUUCUGAGUAUUCACCAACCGGGCUUCAGAAUCGUAAAGUCUUUCAAUUCAGUCCUUUUGUUGGCUAAUGGUAGUGUUCUUCACCACGGGAGUGUUGACCAGCUUCGUGUCAACCUUAGGCUAAUGGGAUUGGAGCUUCCUCUUCAUGUCAACAUUGUUGAGUUUGCCAUUGACUCCAUUGAAAACAUUCAAGAGCAUCAGAAAGCUAAUCACCACAUUCCACAGAAAAAAGGAAUCAUGCCAUCAUAUCAUCAUCAUCAUGAUAAUCAUGAUCAUGAUCAUCAAUAUGGUGAGAGCAAAAGUGGGAAGUUCACUCUUCAGCAGCUCUUUCAAGAGUCAAAAGUCGUAGAUGAGGAGAUCAUAGUCAACAGUGGGAUUAUUGAUUUGAUCCCAAGAGAUCAUGAGUUUGCAAACUCAAGAUUGAAAGAAACUAUUGUCCUCACUCAUAGAUUCUCCAGAAACAUUUUCAGAACCAAAGAGUUAUUUGCAUGCAGGACAGUUCAAAUGCUGCUCUCAGGGCUCGUCUUGGGGUCAAUUUUCUGCCAUCUUAAGGAUGAUUUGGUUGGAGCUCAAGAAAGGGUAGGCCUAUUUGCAUUCAUUUUGACUUUCUUGUUGUCCUCAACUAUAGAAGCUUUACCAAUCUUUUUACAAGAGAGAGAAAUUCUCAUGAAGGAGACUUCUAGUGGGAGUUAUAGAGUCUCAUCUUAUGCCAUUGCAAAUGGGUUAGUCUAUUUGCCAUUUCUACUCAUUUUGGCCGUAUUAUUUUCAAUACCCUUGUAUUGGCUUGUGGGAUUGAACACAAAUUUCAUGGCAUUUCUGCACUUUUUGUUGCUGAUAUGGCUGAUUUUGUACACCGCAAACUCAGUUGUGGUGUGCUUCAGUGCAUUGGUGCCAAAUUUCAUAGUUGGGAACUCGGUGAUUGCCGGUGUUAUGGGGUCAUUCUUUCUCUUCUCCGGAUAUUUCAUAUCAAAGAAUGAGAUCCCAAAGUAUUGGAUUUUCAUGCAUUUUUUGUCACUGUUUAAGUAUCCAUUUGAAGGGUUUUUGAUAAAUGAGUUCUCUAAUUCUGGCAAGUGCUUGGAGUAUUUGUUUGAGAAGUGCAUGGUGAGUGGUGAAGAUGUGCUUAGAGAGGAAGGUUAUGGGGAAGAAAGUAGGUGGAGAAAUGUGGGUGUUAUGGUGGGGUUCAUCUUGGUUUACAGGUUCAUUUCUUAUGUUAUUCUAAGAUGUAGAUGCUCUCAGAGAGGACUAAGGAGUGUCCUUGUUUAAUAUUGUAAUAAUAGAAUAAUUAGUUGUGGGACCCUCUCUCUCUCUCUCUCUCUC